AUGAUGCUGGAGCAGGCCGACAAGGAGAUGGCAGCCGAAGCACGGGAACAGGCCUUGGAAGUCUUCGGGACCCCAGCUCCAACCUCGUUGAGGGAGAAGAGCCAGCCUUCGGAGCGACGGGACAGUGCUCAGGAGCUGGAGGUGGCGGCAGCCAGACGGUCGAAGUGGCCGAAGGCAGGAUCCAAAGGGCAAGCGGGCGACUACGGCAAAGGCUCCUACCAUGGGUCUUGGAAGGACAGCCGAGCCAGCACCGAUCCCUGGUCACCCUGGGAGCCCACUCCAUUGACGGAGGCCGAGAAAGAGCUCCUGCGGAACAUGGCCAAGAUGCUGAUGAGGCACGAGUCGGAGAUGAGACUGCUGAGGCAAGACUACACGUGGAUGUGCUUCGUGGACACUGCGGAGACUGGCAUCUUGGAACUGCUGAGGAACAAAACGGAGGAUUGGCAGCGGCUCUACCAAGAGCGCAAGGUGACAUGCAGCUUGCGAGUGGUUCUGCUGAUCGUGGUGUUUCAGGAGCUCCUGACGCGGAUGAAUGCACUCCAGCAGGAUCAGGAGAAGCUGACCAAGAUGCACACGGUGGGGUGGCUGGUGGAGGGCUCGCAGGCUCUGAAUCCGUGCUGGACCUAUCAGCAGUGGUCGCCCGAGAAUCAGAAGACCGAGAGAUCGAGCCGAGCCCCGCUAGCCUUCACAGCGGCGCAGGAGGCCAUUCAGACUAUCAUCGACAAUGUGGGAGGUUCUUCCGUUUGUGUGGUGCUGUCGGUACGUGGGAAGCAAGCCGAUCGGGUCCAUCAGGCACUCUGUCUCCUGAAUGGAUGCGCCUGUUUCGCCGUGGCCGGCCUGCGAUUUCGACCAGAUCGGGGGCAACAGUCUCAACUGGCGAAAGCUCUGGAGACCUCGUACACCGGGGUGCCGUUCUCCGAUUGGCAACCCCGCCGACAGCAGUGGACGAAGCCUCAGAAGACCGCGGAAGAGGACGACCUCUAG